GGGGCCCGAGCCCUGCGUCGGCAGGAAGGAACUGGUCUGGUCACACCGCUAGGCUUGGGCACCUGGCUUUCUGGAGGGGGGUCUGCUGGCUUUGCCUCCGUCUGCCUCCCCCACCCAUCCUCCAUCCUCAGCUCGCAGACUCGGAUCCCGGUGUCUUCCAGGUGCUCCACCCCAGCAAUAGCCGCGCCAUGGCUUCGAUGGGGCUGCAGGUGUUGGGCAUCUCGCUGGCUGUGCUGGGCUGGCUGGGGGCCAUACUGAGCUGCGCACUGCCCAUGUGGCGGGUGACGGCCUUCAUCGGCAGCAACAUCGUGACGGCGCAGACCAGCUGGGAGGGCCUGUGGAUGAACUGCGUGGUGCAGAGCACCGGCCAGAUGCAGUGCAAGGUGUACGACUCCCUGCUGGCACUACCGCAGGACCUGCAGGCGGCCCGCGCGCUCAUCGUCAUCUGCAUCAUCGUGGCCGCGCUGGGCAUGCUGCUGUCCGUGGUCGGGGGCAAGUGCACCAACUGCGUGGAGGACGAGACCACCAAGGCCAAGACCAUGAUCGUGGCGGGCGUGGUGUUCCUGCUGGCCGGCCUGCUGGUGAUGGUGCCCGUGUCCUGGACGGCCCACAACAUCAUCCGGGACUUCUACAACCCGUUGGUGGCCGCCGGGCAGAAGCGGGAGAUGGGCGCCGCGCUCUACAUCGGCUGGGCGGCCUCGGGCCUGCUGCUGCUCGGAGGGGCCCUGCUCUGCUGCAACUGCCCGCCGCGGGCCGACAAGCCCUACUCCGCCAAGUACUCUGCCGCCCGCUCCGCCCCGGCCAGCAACUACGUGUGAGGUGCCACCCCCCCACCCUGCCCCUGUUGGCUUUGGUUUUUCUUGGACUGAGCUCAGUGCGGCCCGUGACCCCAGGACGGCCCUGCCGUGGGCUGCCGGGGAUGGGCAAGCAGGACUGAGCCGUCGGGCAGCCUCUUCUGGCCCACUGGGGCUCCUUCCCGAGGCCUCUCACUGGUGAGGAUGGACGGAUCUCACGCCACCCUCCUCUGCAUGAACCCUAGCUACGGAGCUGGCAGAGGCCACAGGUGUGCUGGUGGAACGGGGAGCGGGCUCCUGCUGGCCAGGAGAGCUCGGCCCUGACCUUGGGCUCUGCCUCUGAGCCAGUGCCCUGCCCACGCGGGCACUGCCCACUGUCCCUCUCUACCCUCCUCGCUCCCCUGCCCGCCUCUUCUGUCACGCCAGCGCUUCUCUUGCCACUGUCUCCUGUGUUCCCCGGCACCCCUGACCCUGCCCAGGACUUGGUGUGUUGGACGGUGGGGGACUGCGUGGGCCCGGGAAUGCCACUUUGGCUGUGUCACAGAAACCAGGGUUUGUAGAGAAGCGUGGGCCUCCUGCCCACCUGCCCUCGGAGUGGAACACAGAGUGGAUGGACGGGUUUGAGGGGCGGGUGAAGGAGGAAUAAACUGGUUUGGGUAGUGGCAGGGAGGGGGACAGACAGGUGGCCCAGGCUGCCCUCACCCCUUCCGGCCCCGCCUUGCUGCCUCCGGCUCUUUGUCUACCCCUCUCGGUAGAAGGACCCUAAGACCCUCGAGACUGGCCCCUGGGAGUCCUCUGCCCCUGCCAAGGAACUGGGCGGCCUGGGGAGGGUAGGGGAAUGGCCUCACCCAAGGGAGUCCUGGCCUUUCUCCUACCUCCUUUGAUGUUUCUGUUUUGUAAUUAAGAGAUGAUUCAUCACUGUUAUUAUUAUUUUCUACAAUAAAAGGGACCUGUGCACAGGAA